CUGCAAGCGUUUUUUGUUGUUGGCGACUCGGUAAGUCGCAGGCGAAAUUUUGUCUUGUCAAUUGCAGUUGCAAUUGGCAAUUGCACUUGCUUCGCUCAUCCGGAAAAAGCGGCGCCGGCGGAAAAUGGCACGCAAGAGCCACAGUCACAUGUACAACGCAAUACCCGCCGGCCUGGAGUCGGACGAGGAGGAGAUGGACAAUCUGAUGGCCAACCUGAAGAUCAAGCGCCUGGAGGACAUCACAACAGGUGCCGGGAUCAAUGGGCGUAACUUCGACGCCACUUUGGACGCAGAGGCGGAGGGGUUCUUCAAGUUGUUUCGCGAAAAGUGGAACAUGUACAGCAAGAACAAGUCGCCGCAUCUGCGACAGGAAUUUGGAAAGGCCUUAAUGGGUCACCAGGAACCCCUCCUGUUGGCCCUCAAGAUAUUCGCCAACUGCCCGGACAGCAGCAACAUUAAGCCGAAGAGCUUGUCACAUUUUGUGCUGGACACGGUGUGCAAGCUUCACGAGGAGUACCCGCAACUCGGCGAGGGCUGUGAUCCAAACACCAGCAUGAUUGCCUUUAAUUUUGUGAAGACCUCUGGCCUGCUGAGCCUGAACAAUGCUGUGAUCUAUGCCUAUGGACUGCGCGAGAUCCGCGACCUGUUGGUGCCCAAGUUGCGAGAGCUUCUGGACAAUGGGCUCUACAAGGAGGUCACUCAGUGGUCUAUUAGCCUGAAGCUGACGGACGAGUUCGACAUGAUGGAGCUGGCCUUCCCGCUGAUUGCCAUCGAGAAGCUGCCGUUGGCCGAGGAGUAUCUGGACCAUGCCACACAGCAGCGCCUGCCUUUUGUCAAGUUCUUGGAUUCGUUGCUCCACAAGGACAAGCCGGUAAUAGAGCUUUGCGAGCAUCUGCUGGGUCGCUACAAGAAUCUGAAAAUCUCGCACCACGUGCUUAGCUAUCGGCCCAUUGCCAAGAUCGUGGCUCGGCUGGCCAAGAAAUACGGCUUCGACGAUGCGGUCACGCCCAACUACAAGUUCACCAAGACGUGCAGCUACCUGCAUUAUCUAUACCGCGAGUACGAGAAGGCGCGUAUCAAUCUGGCCAGUUUCCGGGAGCUGGUGAGCGUGCACGCCUAUGACUACGCCCUGCGCAAGGAUUUCGUAAGCUAUAUUGCAUCGGCUGGAGCUAAUUCAGAGGCCAUCUACUGGUACAAGGAAUUCAAUAUAACUCCAAACGAUUGUCCGCUAGAGAUCAAAACGCAGGUCUCGCAAAAUGGUGCUGUUAAAGCUGCAGGCUGGGAAUCCCCCAGCGAGGAAGACAGCUCCGCGGCGAGUGGCUGUGAUAUGUACCUGACCAUGGACCUACCCGACGAGUGCCUUAUCAUUGUGGACAAGGCGGCACAGUUCGAUCGCAUGUUGUACCACCUGCAGCAGGAGCACAUAAUCUACCUGGACUCGGAGUGGAUGCAAAACGUGUGCGGGGACAGCCAGCUGUGCGUUCUGCAGAUCGCCACAGCCCACAAUGUCUACCUGAUUGAUUGCUUGGCGAAGGAGAGUCUGCGCUCGGAGCACUGGCGGCUGUUGGGCGCAAACAUCUUUAACAACGUGAACAUCCUCAAGGUGGGCUUUUCCAUGGUCAGCGAUCUCAGUGUGUUGCAGCGCUCACUGCCUCUGCAACUACGCCUUCAAAUGCCUCACCACUAUUUGGACCUACGCAAUCUUUGGCUGGAGCUGAAGAAGCAGCGUUUCGGAAUAGAGCUUCCCUUUGGUAACAUUAAUCGGGCCGGGGACGCUCUCACGGAUCUCUCCUUGGUGUGCCUCGGCAAAAAGCUGAACAAAUCAAAUCAGUGCUCCAACUGGGCCAAUCGACCAUUGCGGCGCGAACAGAUUCUUUAUGCCGCCAUCGAUGCGCGCUGCCUUCUGUUGAUCUACAACACGCUCCUUGCCCGCGUUUCCUCCAUUCAUGUGGCAAUCGAGAAGAGUAUCGCCAGCAAUAACUUCCUCAGGCGCGGCGCCAACGUCAAGUGAUGGAGGAGCUGGCCCCAAAUAGAUCCAUGCAACCCUAGAUGGAUAGCGAUUCUCAUGUAGAUGACGACAAAGGCGUUCGCCCAACCUAAAUUUAGUUCAAACGUUAAUGUUGAAAAGUGUAUUUAACGUAUAUUUAGCGACUAGCAAGGCAGCUUGGUUAAAUGCAGUUAGGACACAUGUUACAAAUCAAAAGCAAACCAUGUGACUGCAAAACAGAGAUGAAUUAAUGAAUUUAAGUUCUUUCGGAUGAGUUACAGAAAUCACUUUUAGGUUUCCGAGUCUCCUCGUUAUAUAAUUUGUUUAAUCACUGUACAUACCUUAAACACUUACAUUAUUCCAAUUCACAGAGUACAUGUAUUAUUUUGUAUUUUCCGUUAUGGCCGUAUAACGAGCCUCUUUAUUUACCCCUCACGCAUAAUCAAAACUGAAUAAAAGCAAUGAAUAGGA